AAAUGGAUAUGCAGUUAAAAUUUGUGGGUAAUUAUGUGUUAGAAGAAAUAUCAAUUUUGUAAUUUUGUAACCUUGUAGGAGUAGUUAGUUUCUGGCGCUGGAAAAACUAGAAGAAAAAAUAAUGUAUUGAAUGCUUAGUUUCACCGCGUCUGCAUCUGGACUUCCAAAUCUCUCUCUUCCUUCGAUCAACACAGGUCACACAAAUCGCCGAAAGCAGUAGCUGAACUGCGACAAAAUAUGGAGCUGGAAGGAGCACUGCCGAUGGACGACAAGGCCAAGCGAAUGAGAGAUCUGCUCUCCAGUUUCUACACUCCCGAUCAAUCGAUUCCCGGAUCGCCGCCGCACAACGCUGUUUCUAGAUUCGCCACGCUUGAUACCAUCAACACCACCUCAUUCGACGCAGAUCAGUACAUGAAUCUCCUCGUACAAAAGUCAAGCCUGGAGGGUCUUCUUCAGAAGCAUGUGGAAAUGUCUGCAGAGAUUAAAAAUCUAGACACUGACCUUCAAAUGUUGGUGUAUGAGAACUACAACAAAUUCAUCAGUGCAACAGAUACAAUAAAGAAGAUGAAAAAUAAUAUUGUUGGCAUGGAGACAAACAUGGAACAGCUUCUGGAAAAGAUAACAUCCGUGCAAUCUAGGAGCGAUGGAGUCAAUACUUCUCUUUUCGAAAAGAGAGAACAUAUAGAGAAGUUGCACCGCACACGCAAUCUGCUUCGAAAAGUUCAGGUACUAGAGUUGUUAUGUUUCUCAUAUACCCUGUAUAAUUGGAUGGUCAUGCAAGAAUUACAAAUAUGUUAUAUUUUGUUGGUAGAGCAGUUUAUUUAUGAUCUACCUACAAGACUUCAGAAGUGUAUCAAGUCAGAGGCCUAUGCUGAUGCAGUAAAGUUUUAUACAGGAGCCACUCCAAUCUUCAAGGCAUAUGGGGAUUCUUCCUUUCUAGACUGUAAACGUGCAUCAGAAGAAGCAGUGUCAGUAAUUAUAAAAAACUUGCAGGGUUUAGUUUUCUCAGAUUCUGAGUCAAUACAAGCAAGAGCUGAGGCUGUCAUGCUUCUUAAGAAGUUGGACUUUCCGGUUGAAAAUCUGAAGGUUAAAUUGUUUGAGAAGUUGAAGCAGUUUCUUGUGGACCUUGAUCUGGAAUACAAGGAGUUAACAAAUGUGCCUGUUAAUGUUGAUGAGUCUAUUAACCAGAAUUCUGCUUCUACUACCACACAUGAGGCAUCAGUUCAUGAAUUUGCGGAAGCCAUUCGAGCUUAUAAAGCGAUAUUCUUGCAUUCGGAACCACAGCUAUGUAAUCUCGGACAAGACCUCGUUAAGAAGCAUUUUGAAGCUAUUCAUCAACAAAUCAUGAAGCAUGUCCGAUCUGCAGAUCUUUUGGCAAUGCUCCGCAUUAUCUGGACUGAUGUGCUUCUUAUGGAUGAAGUGCUACCUGAAGCUUCCCUGCCAGAUUUUGCUUUGCAGCAUGCUCGUGUUGCCAUCAAAGAUUACACCUGCAGCACAUUUAGUCGGCUUUUGAUGAAUAUCUCAGACACCCUUAAGAAAUACCAAUUUACAGUAAAAGAAGAGAUGGGGGUAGAAUAUCCGUUGCGUGCAGCCCUUGAAGCCAGCAAAAAGUCAGUGAUCCAAGGCAGUAUGGAUGCCUUAAUGGACUUCAGGCUGUUGCUUGAUGAAAACCCAGAGUUACUACUCAAGUUGAGAGACUUAACAAUCGGCUGGGUCCAUGAAGGGUUCCAAGAUUUCUUCAGAAAGCUUGAUGGCUAUUUCCUCUUGCUCUCUGGAAAGAAAAAUACAGCAUUUCAAGAUGUUAAUUUGAUAGAGGAGACGCAAGGAGAAAAAAUAUCUGCUGGGCUUGUUCUUGUACUGGCACAGUUAACUCUUUAUAUCGAACAAACUGCCAUCCCCAGAAUCAGAGAGGAACUAGCUUCACUUUCUGCUGGUGGUGGGGUCCGUGGCCUCGCAACUGAUCCCGCUGAAAUUUGUCGCAUCUUUCGGUCAUCUGGGGAAAGUUUCUUGCACCUUUACAUAAAGAUGAGAACUCAGAAAAUAUCGGUUCUCUUGAAGAAGAGGUUUGCAGCCCCAAAUUGGGUGAAGCAUAAAGAACCCAGAGAAGUGCAUAUGUUUGUGGAUUUACUUCGUCAAGAGCUCGAUGAGAUAAGAUCUGAAGUGAAGCAAAUUUUGCCUGAGGGCCUCACUCACAAGCAUCGUCGUAACAACAGCAACGGAAGCACUACUUCUUCACGCAGCAAUCCUCUGAGGGAUGACCGACUACUGACCAGGUCAAAUACUCAAAAGGCUAGAAGCCAACUUCUGGAGAGUCAUCUAGCAAAAUUGUUUAAGCAAAAGAUGGAAAUCUUCACAAAAGUCGAGCACACACAGGAAUCUGUCGUAACAACAAUAGUUAAACUUUCCUUGAAGAGCUUCCAAGAGUUUGUCAGGCUUCAAACCUUUAACCGAAGCGGAUUUCAACAGAUUCAAUUGGACAUUCACUUUUUGAGGACUACUUUAAAAGAUAUAACUGAAGAUGAAGCUGCUGUUGAUUUCUUGCUAGAUGAGGUGAUAGUAAGCAGUGCAGAGCGCUGUCUGGAUGCAAAUCCUCUGGAGCCUCCUGUGAUGGACAGACUAGUUCAAGCAAAGCUAGCAAAGACUUCCGAGCAAGGCGGGGAUGAAAAAUCAAAGUAGGCAAGUAACACAAGCCCUCUCUUGUUGGUUCUACUACGUCAAGACUUGAGAUUUUGUAAAUGAGUCGCACCGGGCUAUUCCCAGCCGAGGCCAUAGAAAGAUUAUAGGCAGCUCAGAUGGUUGUCGGAGGUUGAGAGAAAACCAGUUUUUGUAAGCCUUUGGGCUCUUUAUCCUAUCUGAUGAUAUGAGUGUGAUGUAAAUUGUUGGUUGCAAAAUCAGCUAAUAACAGAAUCACCUGUUACUAAUCAUGGAAUCACUCUUGAUCCAACCACUUGCUUGAAGAUAAAGACUCACACUUUAAUUAAUAAGGGUAUAUUGCAGUUUGGUUAAA